CAUUAAACGAAACGAAGAAGAAAAACGACCGGGUCACGUGGUGCGGAUGCCCUUCCACUGUGCGACAGAAAACAUGGCUGCGCUCUUGAGAUCAGCGCGGUUGCUUAAGUUUUCGCCUUCGGGCUUGCUUCAGAUUACACGGACCAAAAGAAACGGACCACCGCUCAGUCGACUGUACAGCGGAGCUCCCGGCGGCCACCAAACCGGAGUUUGUUCCCGACAAAUCGGCCGUGCAUCUGAAAAUGCGUCCAGUCGAGCAUGGCCAUAUGCAGUGGGUUGUGUGCGUAACUAUACUGUGGCCACAGAGCAGAAGGAUGACACCAGUGCUGCGGUGCGAUCCAAGCAGGCGCAGGAGUUUGACUGGGCUCUGACCAAGCUGGACAGCUCAGUGAGGAGAACCGGUCGCAUCACCAAGACCCUGCUGCUUCGCAUCUUCCAUGACAUCUGCAGGACAGGUUAUCCAAGUGGGAAUCAGGCCUUGUUGCUGCUGCGUAGCUGUGGAUCACUGUUGCCAGAGGUACCCCUGGAGGAGCGCACUGAGCUGGCACACCGUGUGUGGGAAAAGCUGCAGGAGUUGGGUGCACAUUACGAUGUCAGUCACUACAAUGCCUUGCUGAAAGUUUACCUGCAGAAUGAGUUUAAGUUCUCCCCUACUGAAUUCCUGGCCAAAAUGGAAGCAGCUAACGUCCAACCAAACAGAGUUACCUACCAGAGACUCAUAGCAGCCUUCUGCCAAAAUGGAAAUAUCGAAGAAGCCAGCACCAUCUUGGGUUUCAUGAAGAGCAAAGAUUUACCCAUCAGCGAAGCUGUUUUCAACUCCCUGGUGACAGGCCACGCUCGUGCAGGGGACAUGGAGAGUGCACAAAACAUCCUGACCGUGAUGAAGGGAGCCGGAAUUGAACCGGGUCCUGAUACAUACGUAUCGCUGCUAAACGCCUAUGCUGAAAAAGGAGACUUGGACAGUUUGAAGCAGACUUUGGAGGCAGCAGAGAGUGCAGACUGCAGUCUGAUGGACAGGGACUUGAUGCAGGUCAUUUUCACGCUGGCCAAAGCUGGACACCAAGAGCACAUCCCAGAGAUAGUCGGGCGUCUGAGGCACCAGAUUGGUUAUGUGCCAGAUGCCAUGAACUUGUGCCUGAGCCUCAUCACCCAGGGCAUGGAGGACCCGGCUUUCAGCAUCCUGAAGACUUUCCCCAUACUGCAGUCUGAUAGCUCCAGAACUGAAUCUGCCAACGUGGGGGCCUUCUUCCUCAGACACUGUGUCACCAUGAAUGCGUCAGUGGAGAAGUUGGGCCUCUAUUGCAAAGAGCUCCAGGAGUCAAAUAUGCAUAGUGCACCGCUUAGCUUCACUCUGUCCUGUGCUCUGGAGGCCAAGAAGAUUGGUAUGUCUUUAGAGCUGAUGAAGAUUAUGAAGGAGCAGGGCUUACCCAUAAGGCCUCACUACUUUUGGCCCCUUCUCACUCAGCAAGUCAAAGACGGCAACACAGCCUUUGUGCAUGAGGUAUUGAAGGGCAUGCUGGAGCUCGGGGUGGCCCCUGAUGUUGAGACUUUAUCCAACUAUGUCAUCCCUCACUUCCCCAACAUGGAGGCAGCUCGACAGGCCAUCGAGGAAGUAGGUUUGUCUUUGGAGUCGGAGGGUUUCUUGUCUUCAGAGGUCCGUACCUUGGCUGUUAACGACCUGGCCAAACUCCACAGUUUGUUAUCCGAUCCCUCCUUCCCCUCAUUGGACCUCGUUACUUUCCGUGGCAGCCUCAUCUCAGGCUUCAGAAAGUCUGACGACGUGGAGAGCAUGGUGAAGAUUACUAAACUCCUGUACGAUGACAAGCGCUUCUGCAAAGCAGACUCUGAUAAUCCUGCUGAUAAGACAUCCUUCUUCUUGUACCAUCUGGUCGAAAGCAUGUCAGACAAAGUGGCGCAAGCACAGAAAGAUAAACUGCAGCAAUACUUCAGUCAACUACAAAGCCAGAACAUAACUAUUUCACCAAAUAUCUACAGAGGUAUCAAGAAACAUCUGGAGACCUACAACGUCCCAGAGCUGAUCAAGAAUGUGGCUGCUUUGGUGGAUCCCAGAGAUCAAGACUCCGGUGACUCUGCUCCCCCCCGUGCGACUGAAACUGUGGGAAAUACGUUGGCACUCGAGGAGAAACUGGCUGAACUGAAAGCGCAGAACAAACCAUUAAGCAUCGUCCUCAAAAGUCUCAUCCAUGCUCACUGUGUUGACGAGAACAUGCAGCGCGCCCUGGAGCUGAAGCAGCAGCACGAGGCAGAAAUGACGGUCGGCAGCUAUGUCACCCUCAUGAACCUGUGCUGUCGCCAAAACAAUGUGGAGGAGGCGCUCAACCUGAAGAGGGAAUUAAGCCGCAAGGACUCAUCAACGGUGCUGGAUGUCAGUAAAUACAUCACACUGAUCAAGGCCCUCUCACAGAAUGACAGGGUGGACGAUGCAGUGGACAUCCUGAAGGAGAUGAAAGAGAAGGAGGUGGUGAUAGAUGACACACAGAUCACCACGCUGUUUCACAUGCUCAGCUUCUUAGCAACCAAGGGCAACAUCCCUGCAGUCAAACAGUUGCAGGACACCAUCUUCACCCUCGGACUGGUCAAGCCCACCAGCAAUCUGUGCUCACCUCUGAUUACCGCCUACCUGGACAGUAAGGACCUGCCCGGAGCUCUAGAAGCAACAAUGGAUUGCUGUGCACGCUACGGCUUCCUGCCUCGCAUCCACGAAAUCAUUGUUGGUCUGGUGGAGAAAGGAGACACCGAACUACUGCAGAAAGCCAUGGACUAUGUGAGCCAGAAGCGAGGAGAGAUGAUCAUGCUGUAUGAUCUGUUCUUUGCAUUCCUGCAGACGGGCCGCUACCGUGAGGCUCGUAAGAUCAUUGAGACCCCUGGACUGAGGGCAAGGCCUGGACGCCUGCGUUGGUUUGCAGAGAGAUGCAUUACUGCUAGACAGAUGGAGGCCUUGGAGCAGAUGGUGGACAUGACAGCCAAGCUGUUUGAGUGCGACAGAGAUGAGAUGUACAGUUACGUCUUCCGCCUCUGCAAGGAGACAAACGACUGGCAGAAGGCAGAAGCCAUGUGGACGAAGAUGCAGGAGGAAAACACCAUUCCCAGGGAGAGGACCCUGCGUAUGCUGUCAGACAUCCUGGUGAAUAAUGGCCAGGAGGUGCCCUUUGAGUUGUCUGAGACCUGGUACAAAGACGAUGAACGGUCGGCUAAAGACCUCACCGUAGCUGAGAAUCUUGCUGAACACCAGGUCACUCUGAUGGCCCUCAGUAAAAAAGGCAAAGUGAAAGAUGCCUAUCGGAUGCUGAUGGACGGCAAUAAAAAAGGUGUGGCACUCAGUGCAUCCACUUAUGACCAAGUGAUCCGUGCCCUGUUGGCCGAGGGAUCCGUUGAGGAAGCCAUGUCAGUCAGGGAUGCUGCUGUGUGUCAUGUGCCGGGCUUCCAGCUGCAAGAUAAGGCCAACAGUUUGCUCAUCAUCACACACAGCAAGAAAGGCCAGCCUCAAGAUGCUCUUGAGAGCCUGAAGUUGAUGCUGUCGCUGGACCAAGUGCCCUCGGUCCUUGCUGUCACCAGACUGAUUCAGGCGCUGGGCAGGAGCGGCGACGUGGCGGGAAUCCAGGCAGUGGAGACACUCAUAAAGGACCACAGCAUGUCCCUCAACAUGUCCAGAAUGGUGUUUGUCAACAACAUGGCCCUGGCACACGUCAAGAAUGGUGAACUGCAGUCAGCAGUGGACAUGUUGGAGGAAUUCUACACAAAAACAGAAAACCAAGAGAGGAGCCACAGUAUGUCCUUCGUCUUCGAAAGGCUCUUGAAAGAAGGCAAUGACGAGGCCUUGGACAAGUUGAGUGCUAUGGCAGAGCGGCUGGCCAACCAUUUCGCCUGCUACAGACCAGCCUCAGACCUCUUCAUCCAGCUGCUGGAGCAACACAGAGUCGAGGAGGCAAAGUUCAUGCUGGCUCGCUGUAACGCCUUGGCUGAACAGAAGAAUGUUCUGAUGUCCUACCUGUCCCAGAACUCGAAGACUCCUGGAGGGGUGACCAAGAUCAAGACCCUGAUGAGCCUGGUUCCAGACUUUGCUGAGAAGGAUAUCCUGUACUCGUACCUGAUGAAAUGUCACUUCGUGGAUAAGGACUUGGCGUCGGCCAAAGCUCUGUAUGAGCAGAUGCAGAAGGAGGGGAUAGUCGCAAACGAGCUGUCACUCAAACGGCUGGGUAUGCUUUACCAGAAUGAGGGAGAGACGGCGCCUUUCCCUGUUCCCUCUGAGUCCUUUAAGUUUUAUGCGGAAAAACUGAGACAGUCAGCUGGAAAAGAUGAGACAAGCGCAGAGGAAUAAAGAUUCACCCUCCUCCUCUUAACCUCCUUCCAAACCUCAUUUUUUUUCUUCCUUUGUUUUUUUUUUUGUUUGUUUUGGAUGAAUUGUUUGAGCUAAAAUGUUGAAUAUCUAGAUGGUGGGUGUUAACUCUUUGUCCACUGUUUGUUGAUAAUGUUGAUGAUGAUGUUGAGAAUUGCUGAACUAUUUAUGGUAAUAAACGAUGUUAGGAAUCCA